AUGAAGACCGUUUUCUUGUGCUUGGCCCUCGUUGGCUCUUCGGCUGCCUUCUUGUUCCCACAAGCCGGCGGCGGUGGCGGAUGUUGGUGAGUUUUGUUACCGUGUUUUGACAAGAUCGCUCAACAAGCGAGGAGCGAACAUUGAUAAAAGCCGAUCUUCUUUGAUUUUUUUUUGAUAAAGCCUUUGCCAGUUAGCAAGGCUUUUGUGGCAUGCGAUAGUACUGUAAAAAUAGUGAAGAGACAUUAACCAGGCAACGAGUUUUUCUGCCAAAAAUUUCAGUCCCCUUUCUUACCAAUUUAAUCCAAGCCCAGUUACGCACAAUCAAAGUGCUCCAACUUAACGCUCUCACAUUUCAGCGCACCCCCAGCCCCAUCUUGCGGAUGUGGAGCUCCUCCACCACCCCCACCAUCUUGCGGCUGUGCCCCACCACCUCCACCACCAUGCGGAGGAGGCUGCGGAGCCCCACCACCACCCCCACCACCAGCCCCAUGCGGUGGAGCCCCAAUCGGAGGAGGAUGCGGUGGCGGUGCUAGCUAUGCCGCUCCACCCCCAUCAUUCGCUGCCCCAGCCCCAUCAUACUCCGCUCCAGCCCCAUCAUACGCCGCCCCCGCCCCAUCGUACGCCGCUCCAUCCGGCCCAGUCGGCGGAGGAUACGCCGCCGGCCCACAGGUCGCUCCAGCCGGAGGAAACGCCUACGCCGGAAAGAAAUAA